AUGCAUCAUGAGAUUUUCACCAUAGGGGGCAAUUCGUUUGGAGAGCCCUGUCAGUUCCCUUUCAAGUUUCUGGAGAAGUGGUACGCUGAGUGCACGAAGGACGGUCGAUCAGACGGACACCUGUGGUGCGCCACAGAGAGGGAUUACGAUAAAGUGAAGAAGUGGGGCUUCUGUCCCACCCAAACAUCCUCAGGUUGGGACACAGACCCAGUCACUGGGGUUCAGUAUCAGAGGAACGCACAGUCAGUGUUGACCUGGCAUCAGGCGAGGAAGAGCUGCCAGCAGCAGGGAGCCGACCUCCUCAGCAUCGUCGAGCUGCACGAGCAGUCGUACAUCUCAGGGUUGACAAAUGCUUUUGGGACAUCUAUGUGGAUUGGACUGAACUCCUUGGAUUUUACAAGCGGGUGGCAGUGGAGUAAUGGAAACCCAUUUAGAUAUUUAAACUGGGCCCCAGGUCAUCCGUCAUCAGAGCCUGGACUUACCUGUGCAACCCUCAAUGCUGGAAAAGCCUCAAAGUGGGAGAGCAGCGCCUGCGCCAAGAAACUCGGUUACAUUUGUCGCAAAGGAAACUCCACCAGUCUGCUUCCUCCACCGAGCAAAGAUCAGCCCAGCUUCUGCCCCAGUCACUGGGUUCCUUACGCAGGUAACUGUUACUACCUGGACAGGAGUAAGAAGAUGUGGAGGGACGCUCUGGCUGCGUGUCACAAAGAGGGAGGAGACUUGGCCAGCAUUCACAACAUAGAGGAGCAGAGCUUCGUCAUAUCUCAAUCUGGAUACUUGCCGACAGAUGUGCUCUGGAUUGGCUUGAACGAUCAGAAGAACCAGAUGUUGUUCGAAUGGUCCGAUCACUCCCACGUUACCUUCACCAAGUGGCAAACAGAUGAACCCUCUCACGCCACCAACCUCCAGGAAGACUGUGUUCUCAUCAGCGGAAAGGAGGGGAGUUGGGCAGAUCACAUGUGUGAAAAGACGUUCGGGUACAUCUGUAAGAAGAGGGCCUCCACGAAACCACCUGAGGGCGCCCAAGAGGAGGCCAACCCUGGGUGCAAGCUAGGCUCCAUCAGGUUUGGCUCCUACUGCUACAACAUCGGAGCAGAGACGAAAACUUUUGAUGAUGCAAAGCAGACGUGCUCCGAGUCCGGCGCACAUCUGGUGGAUGUGGGUGACAGAUAUGAGAGUGCCUUCCUGGUCAGUUUGGUGGGUUUAAGACCGGAGAAGUAUUUCUGGAUGGGUUUGUCCAACACAAAAGAAAUAAGCACUUUCCAAUGGACGACCAGCAGAAAGGUCACGUUCACUCAUUUCAACGUGGGAAUGCCAGACAGAAAACAAGGAUGCGUUGCCAUGACAACUGGAGUUUUCGCCGGAUUAUGGGAUGUUGUCAGCUGCAGCAACAAGGAGAAAUACAUCUGCAAAAAACCAGCAGAUGGUGUGACAGUGACGACGGUUCCGCCCACCACCCCGGCCCAGAGCUGUGCCUCUGGUUGGAUCCCUACCGCCACAGGGAACUUCUGCUUCCAGAUUUUCAGAAGACAAAGGAAUCUUAGGAAAACGUGGUUUGAAGCACGGGACUUCUGCAGGGCCAUUGGUGGGGACCUGAUGAGCAUCCACGACGAGGACGACCUAAGAGAUGCAUCGUAUCACUUCUCUGAACCAGCUUGGAUUGGUUUCAGCUCCCUGGAUACCAGUCAAGGUUUCGUGUGGAGUGAUGGGUCUCCUAACAACUUUGAGAGCUGGAGCUAUGGAGAGCCAAACAACUACAACGACAAUGAACAUUGUGCAGAAGUCCAGUCUUACUACGGACACAGCUGGAAUGAUCGGCACUGUGACUUCGACAAUGACUGGAUCUGCAAGAUACGCAAAGGUGUGACUCCCAACCCGGAGCCUGUCAAUGCUCCAAUAGUAUACAACACCACAGAAGAUGGCUGGCUCAUAUACAACGAUACAACGCAGUAUUUCAUCAACCCUGACCUCCUGUCCAUGGAAGCUGCUCGAGCCUUCUGCAAAAAAAACUUUGGCGAACUUGCCGUGAUCACAGGGGAGACUGAGAGGAAGUUCCUCUGGAAACUGAUAUUGAAAGGAUUAGAUGGACAGUACUACAUUGGCAUGGUGGUGAAUUUGGAUCAGUCUUUCAGCUGGCUGGACGGCACCCCUGUAACUUACACUGCAUGGGAACACAAUGAGCCCAACUUUGCCAACAACGAUGAAAACUGUGUGACUAUAUACAAAGGCAUGGGCUACUGGAACGAUAUCAACUGUGGUAUUGAGCUUCCCUCUCUCUGCAAAAGAAGCAGCAAUUUUGUAAAUACAACAAUGGCUCCCACCAUGGUUCCUAAAGGAGGAUGUGCACCAGAGUGGCUUUCUUUUAGAGGAAAGUGCUACAAAAUUGUUACGAGUGAUGACAAUAAGAACUGGCAGGACGCCAGGACCUACUGCACAAACCAGGGAGGAAAUCUGGUUUCUAUCGUCAAUGACAAAGAGCAAGCUUUCCUAACGACACAGAUGCUGAGAUACAAUGAAGACUUUUGGAUCGGCAUGAAUGAUGUGAACUGGGAGAUGCACUUUGUGUGGACAGACGGUAAAGGCAUUUCUUACACCAACUGGGCCAAAGGACACCCGACCUCUGCGCCGGACGGACGAUUCUCAUUUGAGAAGUAUGACUGUGUGAUCAUGGUGCGCAGCGUCUCGAAACUCACAGGAAAGUGGAAAGUGGAAGACUGUGAGGCAAAAAAAGGCUUCAUCUGCAAAAGAAACAUCGAUUCUCAGAUCGUCGUUCCACCCACCACUGUGUCACCGAAGGUGUUCUACAAGCUCGGCAAUGAUUCUUACAAACUGGUGAUGCAGAAGAUGAGAUGGGACGAGGCGAGGAGGCAGUGCCAAGCAGACGAUGCAGAUCUGGCCAGUAUCCUGGAUCCUGUAACUGAGGCUUACAUCACAUUGCAGAUUUCCAAGCACAAUGAACCCGUGUGGAUUGGCCUCAACAACAAUGUGACUGGUGGUCGGUUCAAGUGGGUCGAUAACUGGUUACUGUCUUACACCAAAUGGGGAAGUGAUGAGCCUAAAAACAAUUACGGCUGUGUGUAUAUGGAUGUGGACAGAACGUGGAAGACUGCAUCCUGCACUAACACAUACUACUCCAUCUGCAAGAGGUCACCAGACAUCGCUCCCACUGAGCCGCCGCAGCUUCCUGGCAGCUGUCCGGAAUCGAAGAACCAGAUAUCCUGGAUUCCUUUCAGAGGCCACUGUUACUCCUUCCGCAGCGCAUUGGUGGCCAACUGGGCCCAUGCCUCCGUCGAAUGCCUGAAAAUGGGUGCAUCUCUGGCGAGUAUUCAGGACCCUCAGGAGGGUCGGUUCAUACAACAGAACCUGGAACUCCUGCAGGACGGUGCCAAAACCUUCUGGAUCGGCCUCUUCAAGACCCAUGAAGGUGAGUGGAUGUGGAUUGAUAACAGUGUUUUGGACUAUACCAACUGGAAUCCGGGGAUGCCAAAGUCCGACUCGUGUGUGGACAUCAAUUCUGACACUGGACUGUGGAGUUCGAACAGCUGCAGCAGAUAUAGGUCUUACAUUUGCAAAACAACAAAAAUUAUUACACCAACAGAAAAGCCUCCAUCCGUUGCACACGUCAUAAAAGAAAAUUCUCAUGGGUCGGCUGGCAUCACUGUGGCCGUAGUGCUGGUUGUAAUUGCUGGAAUUGGACUUGGUGCAUUCCUCCUCUUCCGUAAACAGAUACCCACACCUGUAUUUGGAGAAAACACCUUCGACAACAAGUUAUAUUUCAACAAUCCGAUCCGAGCCCUUGUCGACACCAAGGGUCUGGUGGCCAACAUCGAGCAAAAUGAACAAGCAUAGAAAGACGUGGUGAGAUCUUCCACCAAGAUCUUUCAGAUCACUUGGACUGGAUCAGAAAUAAUGAUUUUCAGGACCAUUACACAUUAACUCUUGCCAAAAAUGGCACUGCACUAAGCCAAUUACAGACAAGAUAAAAAUUAACAUGAUUAUAUGAUUUGUCAAAUGUGUACAGAUUUUUUUUACGUUUACCAAUCAACAUAACAAAAAACAUUUGUGGAUUAAAUAAGAAAGUAAGAAUUUUAAGAUGUGUUUUUAUUUUUUACUUCAAUCUUGCUUAACUGAGUUGCUUGAUAUCAUUAUGUGUUCAUCAAACUAUUUCUGGCUCUCAACAGUGUAAAUAGAUGUUCAAUAAAAACAAUUAAAAACACAAAA